AAAGCCGCCGGUAGAAACUUUGCUUCUGCAUAGACUGUAUCGAUGUCCUCGUGCCGCGGUUCGUGUUGAAGUUUCCUUUAUUCACCGCACAUAUUCAGAUCAUGAUUGAUCCAUUAGAAAAUGGCCUGUUUGACAUCCCAGAUUAUGAACAGAUAGAAGAUGAAACUUUCCCUCCUCUCCCUCCUCCAUCAUCGCCUGGCCGAGCAGAACUCGAGGAUGAUCUGUUUGGCAAUGGAGAGGGUGAGGAGGAAGGAGAAGUGUCAAAACUAGCUGAAGUGCCAGUAGCAAAAAGGCGAACAGUGAAGAGGCCUCGGCCUAAACUGGAUGCUAACAGGUUGAUUUCUGAAAAGGGUCUUCCAGCUCUGCGUACUUUAUUUGAAGAUGUUAAGUUCAAAGGCAAAGGGCACGAGACAGAGAAUCUGAAGCUCGUCAUGCAGAAAAUGGAAAACUGGGCCCAUCGCUUGUAUCCUAAAAUGCAGUUUGAAGAGUUCAUUGAUAAAGUAGAGAGUCUGGGAGGCAAAAAAGAAGUUCAGACAUGUCUAAAACGGAUUCGGUUGGACAUGCCAAUAACGCACGAGGACUAUGUUGAGGAGGUAGAAAUUCAAGUACCAGAAGAGCCUGUUCCAAGUGGAGAUGAUGGUUUCCCAGAAGAUCCGUUCAUUCAUUCAACUCCUGCUCCAGCCUCUCUCACUGAAGAACAGCAGCAGCGCAUAGAACUCAACAAACGCCUGGCUCUGGAGAGGAGACUGGCCAAGCAGAAACAGUUAGAAUCUACUCCGAUCUCCAUCCAGGAAGAUGCAGAUGAACCGUCAACCAGUUCUUCAGGACAGUUCCUCAGUGAAGAGAACCCCAAAACCACCUCAAACCAAACUCCACUUAAACAAAAGCCAGCUGAACUUCAGGAAACCUCUUUAGAGGAUAAUGAGAGCAGCAGCCAUAUUGCAAAUGGCAUUAUCGAUGAUGAUGAUGAUUGAACAGUUCAACUAGUUCAAGAGGACUGAAUCAAAUGAGGGUGUUUUAGGAAUGACAGUUGAGCUUUUUUAAAAACAUAUUUAACCUCAUAAAAUCUUCCCAGUCAUAUGCCAAACAUCUUCUGCAGCUCCUUUUAUAAUGCCAGUCUGAGGCUUGAUCACCUCUAAUCAGUUUUACACAGAAAUCUGGUUCAGCUUGUAUUUUGUCAUGUUGUUUUUUUAUCCUCUGUGAGGAUUUUUUUGGAAAUAUUCACUCAUUUUCACAACAUAUUCCAUCGUCUGUUCCUCAGGUUCUCAUGGAUUGUAAUAAGCAGCCCUUUUAUUUGUUAUCGGCUGGAGUUUGUCAUAAUGUUAGCAUACAAUGCAGAACAAAGAGAGCUUUUGAAGUUGGCCUUUACAUUUUUAAAGAAAAUUAAAUCAGUCUGUGAUCACAUUGUUGACUAUUGUCAGUUACAGUAUGUUUAUCUUUCUCAUUUUCUGAAUAAAGAUUAUGUAGCAAA